UUACUCGGUUGCAACAUUGUCAUCUUAUUUGAUGAUAAAUUGACAUGAUUGUUGUAAUAGAUUUCGUGGAGCACACUCAAUCAGAGGACACAGCCACUACUUGAACUGCAUGUGCAAAUUUUGAGUUACAGUCUACAACACAGGAAGACGAGAAAAUCAUGUCUCAGUCUACCUUACGAAUAGACCCUAAAUGGGAAACUCAUGUGAGGCCCCAAUACAUGGAGGUGGUAAUACUCUUAUCUCCAAGUCGGCAUCACCUCACCUCCAGACUUUAUAGCAAACAUCUUCUCACUGCAUCGGAGGAGGAAGAGUUUAACAAAUUGUCUAAGUCCAAGUCAGAAGAAGAAGUGGCAAAGGAAAUUUUGAGUGUGCUGCGCAAGCAAAGCGUCGGAUCGUUUGAGAAAUUUUGUGAAGUUCUCAGUGAUGUUGGAGAUUCUACUCUAGAUGAUCUGGUCAAGCGACUUCGUCGAGACAGCAUUGAGAACAAUGCGGAGCACACUAAACCAGAGGUCUCACCCAUUGCUUCAGCUUCAUGUGCACAUUCUGAGUUACAGUCUACAACACAAAAAGAUGAGAAAAUCACGUCUCAAUCGACUUUAGUGGAAAUGAAAGGUGGAGACACACAAACAGACACCGAGAGUGUGAGACAGCCAUUAGUGAUGUGUGAGCAUGCAUGGCUCUCACUCAUGUCUCGUGUUGAGCCGUGGUCAGCUAUUCGAAUGAAUUACUCUUUCCUGUCUCGAUGCCUUUGUUUUACCACUGAAUUUCUCGGCUGUCUGUAUGAACGAUUUCUCAUAUCCAAAGACGACUUCGAUGCUCUAGAGAACAACCGUCUCACUCAAGAAGGAAGAGUACAUCUACUUGUCAUUGAUAUUCUUCCCACUAAACCGAUUGCGAUGUUUGCCACAUUCUGCAACAUUCUUCGUUUUGUCGGUCAGUCACAUGUUGCCGACAAGCUGGAAGAGGAUCCUGUGAAAGUUUCUCUCUUUGCACAAGGGACAACAAGGUCACAAGAAACUGUGAGUCUUCAAAGGCAAGCGGAGCUGCUGCUUGUUCAAGUGUCUCAACUAGAGAGGGAAAGAAGAGUAGCCGAGGAAAUGGCAAAACAGGAGAGACGACGAGCUGAUGCUGAAAAGAUACGAGCAGAUGCUGCAGAAACACGAGCUUGUAAUGAGGAAACUCGAGCAGAUAGUGCAGAGGCUCGAGCAGAUAGUGCAGAAACACGAGCAGAUGGUGCAGAGGCACGAGUGAAGGAAGUGGAGACAGAAAAGAUGGGAAUUGAAUGGACAAAUUUGUCAUUUCGAUGUUAUCAUCAACGUCCAGAUAAUUACAAGCAGAAUGCAUUACCAACAGGCUGGGAGAUGAGAAGGACUGAUGAAGGGAGAAUCUACUUUGUAGUCCACAACACAAGAACAACAACUUUGGAUGAUCCAAGGGAAAGGAAUGUGAAUGUUGGGUGUAAUGAGAGACGAUUUGAUGAGAUGCAGUCACAGAAAGACAACGAAAUUAAUGACAGUCUGCCAUCAUGGACGCAGUGGAAUGUACACAUGCCUCAUGACAGUUGGUUGCCAUAUAAUAGAAUGGGAGAGAUUGAAGGCAGACUAGUGGUAGGAGGUUAUGAUAGUAAUCUGCAUGUUCUCACUUAUGAACAUGAUAAGUGGGACAAGUUUGUGAGAAAGAAUGGUGACAUCAGGAAUGUAGUGUGUCAUCAAGGUGUGUGUCUGGUGUGUGUGGAGGAUGGAGGUAAAGAUCAGUUUGUGAUUGAACAAUUUUAUUUGAAUGAAGACAAGAAAUGGCGUUUCCUCACAGUUCUACCAAAUGAACUGCAGUUGUAUGGUGUAUCUGUUGCUCUUCAUGACAACUCAUUGUAUGUGGUGGGUGGUGAGACUAAGUCAGGGGAGAGAGUGAACACAGCACGUGUGUGUGACCUUCACAGCGGUCAUUGGUAUAAGAUGGAUGACAUGCAAACAAAACGUCAUUCCUGUUCUUCUGUUAUUAUAAACAACACAGUGUUUGUAGGGGGAGGAUUGGCUGAUGGACUUCACUCUAGUAAUAUGUUUGAGUGUGCAGAUGUUCGUGAUAGAAAAUGGAGAACAAUCCCCUCUACAACCACAUAUUGGCCUACACUAACGUCAGUCAGUAACAGACUGGUGGGGACUGGAGGAUUGACACAACAACAGAGGUUUUCUCCUUCUUCUAAUAUUGUAGAAUUAUAUGAUGAGAGAUCUACCAAAUGGCUUCCUCUUCCACUCAUGACACACAAACGGGUGGGACAUGCUGCAUUCUCAACUCAGAAUGGAGAACUCAUCACAGCAGGAGGGUUUGAUGAAGAUUCAAUAGAAAGUCUUAAGUGUGACUAAUAUUUGCAUUUUCUUUCAAUUUGUGUGUAUUUGUUAUAUUAUAAUCUCUAGUGUUUGUAUAAAGACAAUUUGGUGUGAAAUUUAGUGUGUGUAACAUAAACUAGAUCGUGAAGGUUGUUUUCUUAAUUAGUAGUCACGUGAUUUGCAUUUUGAACGAGCAGUGGUGAAGUGGAAAAAGGAAUGCAAGCGUUGAA